UCAAUACGGUGGUGUGUAUUGAAUCACCGGCAGGGAUGAGGAGGAAGCGAGUCCAUCGCCAAGCCCGCUGAGUACAGUACAGUAAAUCGGACCCUCGGCAGACGGCGCUUCCCGCCCGCCAGCCGCCAUGUUGGGGAGCCCUCCCUGCCCCCCGCGCCGGGCUGGGCAGCCGGGGCUCGCCGGCAGCCAGGGGAGGGCCUCUCAUAACCCGGAGAAUUUUCAAAGUGCGAGGAAGAUGAUAAGAAUAGAUUUCUACAAGUCGUGACCACGUGAUUGGCGAAAUAAUUAAUUCAGCACGUCCCUUAAGAAACACGGAGUCGUCAUUAAUCUGCCACGCAAAGGGCUCUCUCCGACUUGGAAAGUGCAGGGUUCCCGAGAAUUCGGCCCGCCGAGGGGGGCCGCGCCGGCCUCCACCCGGCCCUGGAAGCGGGCGCGAGCGAGGCCCGCAGGUCACUUGGAGCUUGGGGGUUGGCCCAGCUCUCUCAGGAUUCAGCAGACACUGGCUGUGGUGGUGAAGGACACAGUGGUAGUCAAUGUUAUUUGAGCAGGGUCAGCAGGCCCUGGAGCUUCCUGAGUGCACCAUGCAGAAGGCUGCAUACUAUGAGAACCCAGGACUCUUCGGGGGCUAUGGCUACAGCAAAACCACUGACACUUAUGGGUACAGUACCCCCCAUCAGCCCUACCCACCCCCUGCUGCUGCCAACUCCCUGGACAGUGAUUACCCAAGUUCUGCCUGCUCCAUCCAGAGCUCUGCACCUCUUCGAGCCCCAUCCCACAAGGGAGCUGAACUCAAUGGUAGCUGCAUGAGGCCUGGCACUGGGAACAGCCAGGGUGGGGGUGGCAACCAGCCUCCUGGUCUGAACUCAGAGCAGCAGCCACCACAACCACCUCCUCCUCAACCACCUACCCUACCCCCAUCAUCGCCCACCAAUCCUGGAGGUGGAGUGUCUGCCAAGAAGACCAAGGGUGGGCCCAAUGCUUCUAGCUCUUCAGCCACCAUCAGUAAGCAGAUCUUCCCCUGGAUGAAAGAGUCCCGACAGAACUCGAAGCAGAAGAACAGCUGUGCCACUGCAGGAGAGAGCUGCGAAGAUAAGAGUCCGCCGGGCCCGGCGUCCAAGCGAGUGCGAACGGCAUACACGAGUGCGCAGCUGGUAGAGUUGGAAAAGGAAUUCCACUUCAACCGCUACUUGUGCCGGCCGCGCCGCGUGGAGAUGGCCAACCUGCUGAAUCUCACCGAACGCCAGAUCAAGAUCUGGUUCCAGAACAGGCGCAUGAAAUACAAGAAGGACCAGAAGGCCAAGGGCAUUCUGCAUUCUCCCGCAGGCCAGUCUCCAGAGCGCAGCCCGCCUCUCGGAGGCGCCGCGAGCCACGUGGCCUACUCAGGCCAGCUGCCGCCGGUGCCCGGCCUGGCCUACGACGCACCCUCGCCACCCGCUUUCGCCAAAUCACAGCCCAACAUGUACGGCCUGGCCGCCUACACUGCGCCGCUCAGCAGCUGCCUGCCGCAGCAGAAGCGCUACGCGGCGCCCGAGUUCGAGCCCCACCCCAUGGCCAGCAACGGCGGCGGCUUCGCCAGCGCCAACCUGCAGGGCAGCCCGGUGUACGUGGGCGGCAACUUCGUCGACUCCAUGGCUCCCGCAUCCGGGCCAGUCUUCAACCUGGGUCAUCUCUCGCACCCGUCCUCGGCCAGCGUGGACUACAGCUGCGCCGCGCAAAUCCCUGGCAACCACCACCACGGACCGUGCGACCCUCAUCCCACCUACACAGAUCUCUCGGCUCACCACUCGUCUCAGGGACGCCUGCCCGAGGCCCCCAAACUGACACAUCUGUAGCGGCCGCCGCUGGCCCGAGGGCGCGGCGCAAUUACCUCUUCAGUUUGGGUGGCAGGGGUGUUGGGCGGGGCACUUCGGGGACCCCCUCCCCCCGCUCUGGCCUGGCCGCCGUCUCCACGAUCUCUGGCCUCCAGCGGCGGAGGCUUCCCGACCGAGCCUCCCCUCCGGGGCGCGUCCUCCUUCGGGUGACUCGAUAUAAAUCAGCCGCAAGGAUCCUCGCCCCCCCCCCCCGUAAACCUGACAGUGCCAUAGACUGUGGACCGAGGGGCUCCAAUCUGGUAAUGGUGUCCCGAAGGUAAGUCCGAGACCCAUCCGCGGCGGGUCCUGCCAAGGGAUUAGAGCUCGGAGACCCGCGGGUCAGGCCCGCGUUUAGCUUAGUUUCGGAGACCUUAAUUUAAAUGCUCCUUCCCUUCCCGUAAGGAUUGCAUUGGACUAAACAAUCUGUAUUUAUUAUUUGAAGCGAAUCAUUUCGUUUCCCUGAUUAUUUAUCCUCGUCUUAAUGUAUUUAUGUGUAUACUUGUAGAAUUCUCCAACCGAGCCUAGGUGGGCGCUCCCAGGCCUGGCGGGAGGGGGGCCAUGUUUCACCACUUUAGUCCCCUUGGCCUGAACUAGUUGAGAGUAGUUUUGAACAGUUGUAACUGUGGCUGGUGUUUGUAGUUUAUGACAUAAAGAACUGAGACCACAGAUUGUCCUUCGUGGGUAGAGUCAGACAGCCGGGUGGCACGGCACGACACUACGUUUGUCGUCCUCAGCAUCCGCAGCCCUUGCCACUCGGAAGUUUACUGGUUUCAAAUUGUCUGGUACUAUCUGAACAAAUAUUUAGAAUAAAAAAAUUUCUCAGU